AUGGAGAAAAAAGUAGUCACGGCAAAUGGAUCGAUAAAUCUGCCAACAGAAAUUAGUUGGCAAGGGUCAAUGUCCGAAAACUGGAGAUUUUUCAAACAAAGGUAUGAAAUCUUUAUUAUUGCAUCUGGAAAUGAAGCAAAGGACGGAAAAACAAAAACAGCUUUGUUAUUAAACGCCAUAGGGGACAGGGCAAUAAAAUUAUAUAAUGGAUUUAAUUUUGAGAAACCGGAACAUCGAUUCGAGUUUGAAAAAGUAAUUGAAAAAUUCGAAGAACAUUUUAAUCCUGAAAGGAAUGAGAUUUACGAAAGAUAUAAAUUCUUUACCAGAAAUCAAAAUGAAGGAGAAUCGUAUGAGGACUAUUCAGUGGCUCUGAGAGAUCUUUCGAGUACGUGUAACUUCGAUUUUUUAACAGAUAGCUUGAUAAGAGAUAGACUAGUGUGUGGAAUUUCUGACAAAACAGUAAAGGAUAGAUUGUUACGUACAAAAGAUUUGACCUUAGCUAAAGCCAUUGAUAUAUGUCGUACAUCGCAAGAAACACAAAGGCAACUUGAGAAAAUUUGUUCUUCGACUAGUACUUCGAACAAUAUAGAUAAUUUAAACGAUGUAGACUAUAACAUACAAAAGAUUAAUAAAAAACCAAAUACUGCAGAUAAUGCCGGAAAGAAUACGAAGAAAGACAGAUAUACAAAUUAUACACAUGAGUGUCAAAGAUGUGGCUAUAUUCAUCCAGUGAAGAGAUGUUUAGCCUUUGGCAAGCGUUGUGUUCGUUGCAAUGGCUACAAUCAUUUUGCAAAUAAAUGCAAAAAUCGUUUUGUUCAUAAUGUGGAAGAUAAUAAUGAUGAGAGAAGAUGUGAAAAUAUGGAGGAGAAUAUUAAGACUAUAUUUUUUGGAUCAGUUUUCAUAAAUUCUCUAAAGGAAGACACGAAGGAUUGGACAAUUGUCGUUGGAUCUAAUAAUGUGUCUCUUGAUUUAAAAGUCGAUACUGGUGCUCAGGCGAAUUUAUUAUCUGGAAGAAACUUGUCAAGGUUAGGAUUAGACAAAAAUAAUCUUUUAGAGUGUAAGGCCAGGCUGACAACAUAUACAGGUCAAGUAAUUAACUGUCUUGGAAAGUGUUCUUUGCCUAUUAAGUAUGAUGGCAAAAACUACGUAUUAGAUUUCUAUGUAGUAGACUCAGAUAAAGCAAGCAACAUAUUAGGACUACAAUCAGCGAUUAAAAUGAAUUUAGUUAAUCCUUUAAAAAAUCAAAAUUUAAAAAUCAAUGAAAUUAAUACAUUAUCAGAGUAUAGGGAUUUAUUUGAAGGCUUAGGAUGUAUGAAAGAGGAAUAUGAUAUUAAACUAAAACAAAAUGCCACUCCAGUUGUUCAUGCGAGUAGACGAGUUCCAAUAGCAAUUCAACCAAUUUUAAAGAGAAAACUUGAUGAACUGGAGAAAAUAGGAGUGAUAUCUAAAGUAUCACAUCCUACAGAGUGGGUCAAUUCUUUAGUUAUUGUUCAUAAGCCUAACGGAGAUUUGAGGUUGUGCUUAGACCCUAAGGACUUAAAUGAGGUUAUCAAAAGGCAACACUUAGAACUACCUACUCUUGAGGAGAUCACUAGUAAACUUUCAGGUGCUAAGUAUUUUAGCACUCUAGAUGUAAAAAAUGGAUUUUGGAAUAUAAAGUUAUCUGCAGCAAGCUCUGAUUUAUGUUGUUUUAAUACUCCGUUUGGAAGAUACAAAUUUCUAAGAAUGCCUUUUGGAAUUUGUAGUGCGUCUGAAGUUUAUCAACACCGAAUGCGUCAAAUACUAGAUGACUUAGAUGGGGUUGAUGUAUAUAUUGACGAUAUUUUGAUUUGGGGUAAAACGAAACAAGAACAUGAUAAACGUCUUAAAAAAGUAUUCGAUAGAUUGAGACAGGAGAAUGUAAAACUAAAUAAGGAUAAAUGUAAGAUUGACGUGCAGCAGUUAAAAUAUUUAGGACAUAUUAUAAGCAAGGAUGAACAACAUGAAAGAGUAUUUAAUGAGUUAAAAAAGAUACUAACUGAGAAACCCGUAUUACAAUUUUUUGAUGAAAAGUUACCGGUAGUUCUUUCCGUUGAUAGUUCUAAGGAUGGAUUAGGCGCUGUAUUAUUACAAAAUAGAUUACCAGUGGCUUAUGCAUCAAAAGCUUUAAGCGAAUGUCAGCAGCGCUACGCGCAGAUUGAAAAAGAGUUGUUGGCAAUUUUGUUUGGCUGUGAAAGAUUUCAUCAGUUCAUAUUUGGAAGACAUAUAACCAUUGAAACCGAUCACAAUCCAUUAAUAGGCAUAAUAAAAAAACCAUUGAAUUCCACUUCGCCACGUAUACAACGUAUGUUAAUCAAGUUGCAAAAAUAUGAAUUUAAUUUAGUCUAUAAGCGUGGCAAGGAAUUGUAUAUAGCAGACACUUUAUCUAGAUCAUUCGAUACGGAUGACAGUCUGCAAAUUGACCUAGAAGAGAGUAAUAUUGAGGCUAAUAUUAAUCUAGUGAUAGAAACAUUAAACAUAAGUAAAAAGCAAUUAAAUAAUGUUCAAAACUUUACGAGAAAUAAUGAAGAAAUGAAGUUAUUAAAGGAAUUUAUCCUUAAAGGUUGGCCAAGCCAUAAAAUCUCUGUACCGGAGAAAAUAAGAUCAUAUUGGCAUGUAAGAGACAGCUUGACAUAUAAGUCAAACUUGAUAUUCAAAGGCAAUUCUUUGGUAGUGCCGCCUGAAUUAAGAAAGGAGAUGUUACAUCGGGCGCAUUUUCCACAUUUAGGCAUAACAAAAACAUUGUUGCGAGCAAAUGAGGCUAUGUAUUGGCCCAGAAUGGUACACGAAAUCACAGAAUUAGUAUCACGGUGUGAAACAUGUAAGCUUUUUAGUAACAAUAAUAAAAAAGAGACUUUAAUUCCACAUGCGGUACCACAGUUACCAUGGGAAAAAGUGGGUAUUGACUUAUUUCAUUUAUACGGUACUGAUUAUUUAAUUGUAAUAGACUAUUAUUCAAAAUAUCCAGAGAUUGCUGCGUUAAAAGAAAUAAAAAGUGAAGAUAUCAUUGAUAAGUUAAAACAAAUAUUUAGUAGACACGGCAUUCCACGAAAAAUAUUUAGUGACGGAGGGCCGCAGUUUUCCAGCAUGAGUUUUAAAGCGUUUGCUAAUCAAUACAACUUUGAGCAUAUUAUGUCUAGUCCAGAAUAUCCACAAUCAAAUGGCAUGGUGGAAAGAGAAAUACAGACCAUUAAAAAUUUGUUUAAAAAGGCUAUACAUGAGAAAAAAGACCCAUACCUAAUAUUAUUAGAAUUCCGUAAUACACCAAUUUCUAAUACAAUUGCAUCUCCUGCAGAAAACUUAUUUAAUAGGAAAAUAAGGGGUAUUGUGCCAAUUAAUGGUAGUAAAAGUGAUCCAAAUAACUAUAGACCCGUUUCCGUGUUACCAGUGAUAUCCAAAAUAUUCGAGCGAAUACUGUACAAACGCUUAAAUACUUACUUGUCUGAAAAACAAUUUCUCAUUAGUCAACAAUAUGGUUUUCGUUCAAAAUCGAGCACUCUUACCGCCGCCAUAGACUUAGUUACAGAAAUAAGGUCCCAAAUCGAUAAAAAAAAUUUUGCUUUGGGAAUCUUCAUUGACUUGAAGAAGGCUUUCGAUACGGUAAGCCAUGGUAAACUAUUGUUGAAAUUAGGGAAUAUCGGUAUCAGGGGCAGGGCUUUCAAAAUCUUUGAAUCAUACUUACAAAACAGGACGCAAGUUGUAAAAAUAGAUAGCUUUACCAGUUCUGUUAAAAAUGUUACGUGCGGAAUUCCACAAGGCUCCAUAGUUGGUCCAUUAAUGUUUUUAAUUUACGUUAACAAUAUUAUUAACAUUAAUCUAAUUGGAAAACUGACACUGUACGCGGAUGAUACAUGCCUUUUUUAUUACGGUAGCUCUAUUCAGGACUUAAUAAGUAAAGCUCAAAAUGAUCUUGACAGGCUAACAAAAGAAAAAUAUCUGGGAUUAUGGAUAGAUGAUAAGUUGACUUGGAAAGGACACAUAGAACACGUUAGAGCCAAACUGCUACCUAUACUGGGCGCAUUGAGAAAUGUAUCAAACUGCAUUCCUAAUAAAAAAUGUUUUUACCCAAAAGUCAACCGAAAUUUAAGAGAGAAAUUAAUAGAAAAGCAAAAUAAAGACAAAUAUUUUUAUAAUAGGAAUAAAAAAGAUCUAAGACCAAUAGAAACAGGAGAAGGCGUGUUAUUUAGGAUAGGGAGAUUUUGGAAGAAAGGAAUUAUUAAAGGAAAGACAAAUGAUAGGACGUACAAGAUAGCAAAUGAAAAUGGGAGGAUAUUUGUUAGAAACAGGUUUCACAUAAAGCCUCUAAAUAUGAUUCCUUUUUACAUUCCCGAUGUCGAUAAUCAAGAAAGUGACGCAAUCCAACCAUCACAACAACAACCAUCAUCACCAUCAACAUCCUACUAUACAACAUCAUAUGGUCGGGUAGUUAGACCUCCGGUCAGGUAUGGUCAGGAAUAA